AUGGUGGCGGCAGUGAUGGUCAUGGUGUUGGUUGCGGCAGCUGUUGCGAGUGCAGCGGGAGACAAGGUGGUGCGGUAUGACGACGAGGUGGUGCUCGAGUGCCAGCAUGGGAACGCGACGGGCGGUGCGGCGGUGCGUGCCUGGGCCGAGGAGGUCGGCGGCGACGUGUGGGCGGUGCGCGACGGGGUGACUGAUGUCCGCGUCACCGGUGCCGUCGUCGCGCGGGGACUGGCUGCGGUGGCGGGCGGAUGCCGGGUGGUGGUGGACGAUCUGCAGGCGCUGGUGGCGGCGUCGCGGGCACCGCUGGCGCGUGGAACGUCGAACACGCCGUGGUUCAACGACUACCACACGUACGACGAGAUCGCGGCGUGGUUCGCCGAGCUUGCGGCGCAGUACCCGGAGCGGGUCUCGUUCCAGCCACGGAUCGGCGAGUCGACCGAGGGCCGUGCUCUGUUUGCUGUGAGGAUUUCGGCGCCCAGCCCCGUGCCGGUCGCCCAGCGGCCGCAGAUCUACCUCCAGGCCCUGCAGCACGCGCGCGAGUGGAUCGGCGGCGCAGUCAUUCAGUACAUUGCGCAACAGCUGGCGACAACAACCGAGACAGCUCUGCUUGAAGCCGCCGAGUUUGUGCUUGUCCCGGUGGUCAACCCGGACGGGUACGCCUACACCUGGACCACCGAUCGGCUGUGGCGCAAGACCCGGUACCGCAACGCUGACGGCUCGUACGGCAUCGAUGCCAACCGCAACUGGGACGACCACUGGGGCGGACAGGGCUCGUCGUCCAACCCGCGAUCUGACACCUACCACGGCCCAGCGCCGUUUGCCGCCCCGGAGACCCUUGCUGUCUCGGACUUUAUCCUGCAGAACUCGCGGAUCGUGGCCGCCUACGACCUCCACGCCUACUCGCAGCUCAUCCUGGGCCCGUACGGCUGGACCCACGCUGCCCCGCCGCAUGCCCAGCAGCUGCAGACCUCGGGGAACUUUCAGUCGCUCGCCAUCGAGAAAGUGCACGGCAAAAAGUACGUCUCUCAGCCGUCGGUUGAUCUCUACCCAACCACCGGCUCGGCUGGCGACUGGUUCUACGGCCAGCAGAUUCUCGACGGCAUCGGCCGCCUGACCUACGGUUUUACGCUCGAGGCGCGCCCUGCCUCCGCCAAUCCGGGCUUUCUCCUCCCGCCGAACCAGAUCAUCCCCACCGGUGAGGAAGUCUGGGCCGCCAUCCAGUUCUGGGCCUCGUAUGCUCUCGAGAACCCGCUCUAG